GCGCGUGCGUGCGCCGUCGGUUCUGGAACGCGACCGCUGAGGAGCCCGGCGCCAUGUUGGCCCGGAGGGGUACCAGGGGAAGCGCUUGAGGCGGCGGGCUCGGAGCGGAGCGGGGGCCGACAGGGCCGGCCGGCAGGAGCCCGCCCCUCGCGCCUUCGGAUCAUGAGCCGAGCAGAGGCCGCCGAGGUCGCGGUGGCGGGGCAGGUGCCCUGGCGGCGCGGGAGCUAGAGAUGAUGCCAUUUGCGGUGACCACCCAAGGAGCACAACAGCCGGCUCCCGCCCCGAAGCAGUACGGCAUAUCGUCCCCCAUUAGCCUGGCCGCCCCCAAGGACACAGACCGCGAACUCACCCAGAAGCUGAUCGAGACGCUCCAGCCCUUCGGGGUGUUUGAAGAGGAAGAGGAACUGCAGCGCAGGAUUUUAAUUUUGCAGAAAUUAAAUAAUCUGGUGAAGGAAUGGAUCCGAGAAAUCAGUGAAAGCAGGAAUCUUCCACAAGCUGUAAUUGAGAAUGUUGGGGGGAAAAUUUUUACGUUUGGCUCUUACCGACUAGGAGUACACACCAAAGGUGCCGAUAUCGAUGCGUUGUGCGUUGCACCAAGACACGUGGAUCGAAAUGACUUUUUCACCUCCUUCUAUGACAAAUUGAAGCUACAGGAGGAAGUAAAAGAUUUAAGAGCUGUUGAGGAGGCCUUUGUGCCGGUUAUCAAACUAUGUUUUGAUGGGAUAGAGAUUGAUAUUUUGUUCGCAAGAUUAGCAUUGCAGACUAUUCCGGAAGAUUUGGACCUACGAGAUGAUAGUCUGCUUAAAAAUUUAGAUAUUAGGUGCAUAAGAAGCCUUAAUGGUUGCCGGGUAACUGAUGAAAUUUUACAUCUAGUACCAAACAUUGACAGCUUCAGGUUAACACUGAGAGCCAUCAAAUUAUGGGCCAAAUGCCACAAUAUCUAUUCCAAUAUAUUGGGUUUCCUUGGAGGUGUUUCCUGGGCUAUGCUAGUAGCAAGAACUUGCCAGCUUUAUCCAAAUGCAAUAGCAUCCACUCUAGUACGUAAAUUUUUCUUGGUGUUUUCUGAAUGGGAAUGGCCAAAUCCAGUGUUGUUAAAAGAACCGGAAGAACGAAAUCUUAACCUGCCUGUGUGGGACCCAAGAGUGAAUCCCAGUGACAGUCUUUCACAGAUACAGUUUACAGACAAGCAAUAAAUAGUAAGAUGUUUGAGAUGGAUAUGAAAAUUGCUGCAAUGCAUGUAAGAAGAAAGGAACUUCAUCAGCUACUUCCAAAUCAUGUUCUUCAGAAAAAGGAAACCCAUUUAACAGAAGGGGUAAGAUUGACAGCCGUGAAUGAC